AUGCGAUUGUUUUUCAAUGCAUUGAGAUGUUUUAACAUCAUUUGGCUUCUCAACAAUAUCAAUGGACAAACAACAUCAAUACUUAAUCCGAUCGAUAGUUCAUCUGGCACAUCAAUGUCUAAAAAUGUUUCAUUUGUAAAACCUGAAGUAAAACAAAGUUCAUCGGUUCAUAAACCGAUUAUUAGUUCCUGUGAAAGUUGGAAUACAAGUGGAAUUAUCAUCGCAAAUAGCAGUACAAACAAUAGUACAAGUCCAUUUAGUGCAUUCGUUGAUAUGAACAAUACACUUUACGUUAUUGACAAAAUAAGUAAUACCAUGCGAGCGUGGUUGAAAACGGGUAAUGAAUUGAAAUUAACAUUAAAGAAUAAUGAUACAUUGUCAACUGCAUUCUUCGUUACAAAUCACGGCAACAUCUUCAUUAACAAUGAUAAUCAUAGUCACGUCAAAAGAUGGACUUCGGCGUCAAACUAUCCGAUGAUCAUCAUGUAUAUCAACAGAGGAUGCAAUAGUCUUUUCGUUGAUGUUGGAAAUAGUCUUUAUUGCUCUAUUAAUGACGGCCAUCUAGUCGUUAGAAUGCACCUAGACGGAAACUACAGUCAAAUACUGCCGGCUGCUGGUACCGGUUGCAUUGGUUUGACGGCGAUGAUGUUAAAUCACCAAAGUGGGAUAUAUGUCAACACUAACUUUGAUUUGUAUGUUGCAGAUACGAGAAAUGAUCGAAUCCAACGAUUUGGGUAUGGUGAUUUAUCAGGAACUACAGUCGCAGGAAAGUCAUCAGCGAGCAGCGUAGCUCUCAAUAAUCCUACAAGUGUUAUGCUGGACGCCGAUGAUCGUUUGUAUAUUGUUGACCACGGUAAUCAACGUAUUAUCCGAAUAGGACAUGAUGGGAUCCGAUGUCUGAUUGGCUGUUCGACGAAACAAUGUGCAUCGUCUGAUCAAUUAUGCCAUCCAUUGACUGCUAUGUUCGAUGCUCACGGAAAUAUUUUUGUUAUUAAUCAACAACAGAAUGGGAUACAAAAGUAUUCGUUGCUAAUUAAUUCAUGUGAAGAAACAACUGUCGACCUUAAAGCCGAGCCUCCGACUACAACGACAAAACCAUUUAGCACACACAGUUGUGCUCAACCCAAUGUCGUACUUUUCCCUGGUCAAUCAUCGUACAAUAGUCCUUUGCAAUUUCGACGAAGUCAAGAUUUCUAUGUCGGUGCUAGUUUCAAAGUAAAAUGCGACACACUUUUCACAAUCCAAAUAAAGUGGAAUAUCUUCAACUGCACGAUGAAUUGUUCAGUUCCUGCCAAUAUCGAUCCAUCGAUAGAUAAGACAACAAGUGAACUAAUGAUUCCUGCAAGAACUCUAACUUAUGGACUCUAUGAACUAAUAUUAACUGUAACGAUGACCGGAAAACAUUACUCAGUGACAAAACAAUCGGUUUUCGUGAAAAUCAAUCCAACAGGUACUACAGCAAAUCUCGUUCCAUACGGAACAUCAGUAAUAACAAGUGGUGAAGAACGCAAUCUUGUACUUGAUCCAGGUACUCAUUCAAUCGAUCUUGAUGAAAACUCAUUCAAUGCUAGUGAUUGGACAUACAGUUACCAAUGUCGAGUAUAUGAUACAAAGAAUCUCAAGCCAUUAACUACUAUCGAUAACAGUAUUGGUCAUCCAUGCUUUUUUAAUCGGAAAGAUAAACACCCUGGAUGGCAGGAUAGCUCGACAGAUGGUUCUCUCUCAUCGAUAACGAUUCUUAGUGGAUCAUUAAAAGCAGAUCAUACAUUUCAAUUUGUGGUUUAUAUAACAAAUCUUCGGAAUGCUACAUUAAGAGCACUUGGUUAUCUGCUGGUCAAAGUUGAAAUAACCCGUCCUUCAAUGAUCGCUGUUGCUUGUGUUAUUUCGUCGAUGUGUUCGCCAAAUCAAGAAUAUCAAUAUAUCAACCCAAGUACUCAAGUCGCACUAUUCUCAGAAUAUGUUGGUCAAUCUCAUACUCUUUCAAGUAUUUCUUGGACCAUCCAUCAAGGUCAGAAUGAUUCAUCAACAAAUAUUGUUCGAUGGAGCCGAUUUAACCAUCUCAGUUCAUCUCAAAAGCUUUUUUAUGGAAUGAACACCAGCAACUUUACUGCCAUAAAUACUCUAUUCUUACAAAAUCCAGAGAUCAUCUACUGGCGGUUCGAAGUUACCUAUACUUUUUCUAAUGAAGCAAGUAUGAGUGCACUGAAUUUUAUCAUUAACCAACCGCCACAAAAUGGAUCUUGCUCGAUUACUCCUCCGAAUGGUACAAUUACUACUGUAUUUACGGUUAACUGUUCUGAUUGGCAUGACGAUGAUGAAAUUAAAGAUUAUUCGGUCUACGUCAAAAGCUUAACAGGCAAUUCGUCAGAACAAAUCAUGCUUGCUUUCAAACCAGCGUCUCAUAUAGAACUUCAACUACCAGUGGGCACUGGUCCUCACUCGUUCCUUAAUCUAACAGUUCAAAUUCGAGAUCGACUGAAUUGUGCUCGAGAAGUGCAACUGAAACCUGUCGCUGUUACUGCAGAUUCAGCGGCUAUCGAUACAUUCAUGAACAUAGUUCAAAAUCUAGAUAAUAUCAAUACAAGUAGUCCUAUUAUCGAAGCACUUACCAGUGGUGAUCAGAGCCUGGUUGGAUCAGUCGUUACUUCUCUCGCACAAGAAUUUAAUAAGAAAUCUAAACAAGACUUAGAAAAUGCGAUUGCAGAUGGUACUGAUGCUACUAGUAUCUCCAUAUCACCGUUAGGUAGUCAACGAUCAUCUAACUCAUCAUCGGUCACCAAAAAUAAUACUACAGUCAUCGAUUAUGCUGAAAGAUUAAACACAUUAGCAGGUGUUCGAGAUUAUCUGAUGAAAUGUACAGCUAGUCUUGCAAUUCUUAACGUUAAUAGUGUUAAAUUACUGGCCGCUAGUCUGGCUCAAGUAACACAAACAACAAAUGAAUUGACUCGAACAAGCUCUCUGUUAGGUGCACAAAAAUGUCAUCAGCUUGCUGUCGAAUUGCAUAAAAGAGCGAGAACGACACCGUACGAAGAUGCACGAUCAGCUGUAGUUCAGAUUUCUCACUGUAUCAAUAACAUCGUCACGGCAGUCAAUGCACCAUUACAACAACGAGGUGUUUUCCUUAAUGAUAGUUCUACUCAUGAGAAUAUAGGUUCAGAUGAAUAUGAAGAUGAUCUCGAACUGAAUGAUCUUAUUUUAAAUUCGAUCAAAGAUGGAGACGAAGAAUCGGUGAAGACAAGUAUUCGAACACUUUACUAUCAAAGGAAAACAGCGAAUCAAGUUGCUGAAUUAGCAAGAACGACUCUUUCACUGCUUACUUCAAGCUUGAAGAUUCACGUCAAUGUUGAACAACAACUACAAGUCAAUUCACCCUCAUUACUCAUGUCCUUGGAAACAAUCACUGUUGAUUCGCUUGCUGGUAAACUCAUCCAACUGACAGACAAUGCACCUAUUUAUAUGCCAAAAAACAUACAAAUCAACCUCCCAAAAGAUACAUCCGUAUCUCUUCGAGCAACAAUACAACCAUUAGCUCCGAUUGGUACUUCAACAUCACACGCGAAUUCCAAUAUGUCAACAGCAAUGUCAUUAACAUUAUUCCAAUCCAAUAAUGUAGAAGUUCCAUUUACGACUAGUUCGGAUCAACCUAUUGAAUUUUUUAUUCCACGAGAUCAGAAUUUAUUGAUUCCACCAUUGAUCGCACAGAAUAUAACAUCCAAUUUCACAUUUCAUUACAUUGACUUGAAUAAAUACGUAACGAACAGUAAUCUAACAGUGUCCUUACAUUUUGAGGUACAACCAAUGGACCUAAAUCUGAGUUAUUUGUUUAUCUAUCGAUUUGAGCAAUCAUAUCCAACAAGUGUAAAUCGACGUUGGUCUACGCUUUGUCCAUUAAAUGUGACAAAUGAAAAUAUUCAUACCUAUUUUCUGGAUAAUCGACAAACAGCUGGUCAACAGUCGCUAAUUUUUCGUUUUGAAGAAUUGAAUCGAACAGACUUUCAACAAUGUGAGCAGUACAGAACAAAGCAGAACACAUUCACAUCAAAUGCAUUGAAGAACCUUACAUCAGACUAUAAACUUCGAAUAUACUCAUCGGGUUGCUAUUAUUUAGAUAAACACAAUAAUUGGCAAUCGGAUGGUCUUUGGGUUGGACCAUUAACAGAUCACUAUCGAACUCAAUGUUAUAGCACACAUUUAACAACAUUUACCAGUCAUUUUCGAAUGCUAUCAUUUGGAAAUUAUUGGAAGGAGGGUGCGUUCUACAAUCGAAGAAAUCUUACGCUAUUCAAUGAAACAAAAACGACUCUUGAUCAAACAUGGGCGAACUGUUCUUCAUGA